AUGGAGAAACUCGCCGUGGAACUCAAUGAAAAAGAAGACAUAGCUAAAUUAAGAAGAAUAGGAAAUAAAAUUGAAAACAAAGCAAGGGAACGAAAAAACAUUUUAAACUAUUUUAAAAGAGUUAGAAAAGAAAAUGAUAGAGAAUUAGGAGAAAACGUAAAUGCCCAAGUUCAAACUAACUAUACAGAUCUGCCCAACGAUUCCGAGUCCAACAUAAUUCGUAGUUGCGUAUUAGAGCCACCCAAACCGCUUGCAGUUGCAGGUCCUAGUUCGUCAGAAUCUACAAUGCCUAUGCCAUCAAGUUUAAAGUUAACUUCGAUUGACAUUGGUACAUUAGUAGGCGAAAUGAAGAAUAUUGACGAUUUUACACGGUAUCAAGUUCUAAAGAAUCAUUGGACACCGGAUAAAAGUUAUGUGUUCCCAUAUUCAUCCCACAUGAAAAGAGGACGAGAAGAAAAACGUCGGGUUAAUCAUGGUCAUUUUGAAAAGCAUAGCUGGCUGGCGUUAGUUAGGGGACAAAGACUCUAUUGCUCCGAAAAACUGGUUACGGAACCUAUAAUACAUUUUACCAAACUGAGCGGAAUUGAAGGAGAUUUACAUAGGCAUCAAAUUACUAGCCACCAUAAUUCAGCUAUAAAAAAAGGCUUCGUCGAUUUACACAAGUAUAACUAUAGUGAUAAUGACGUUGAUAACACAGAACCGGUUAUAACUGACAAAAUUCUUGGAGAGUCUGUUUUAAAAAUGAUGAAAAGCUUGGGUUUAGAUGUAAAAAAAUGUGUGGGCAUAAAUUGCGAUGGUUGCUCAGUCAACAAUUCUAAAGUAAAGGGUGCGGCAGCAGCUGAAAUUCAAAAAGAGGCAGUAAAUGCUAUAGUUUGCCCUUGUUAUAACCAUGCGUUGAAUCUACCAAUAUCAAAAUCUCUAUCAGUACGGAAUGUUAAAAACACCUCAGGAACUAUUCAGGAAAUUGUAAAAUUUUUUCAAGGUUCGGCAAAAAGAUUCUUUGUUUUAAAAAAACACUUGAAACAUAGUUUAUCAAGCCCUUGUCAGACCCGAUCGAUCGAAAGGCAUGAUUCCAUUCUCGAGUUUCAAAAUGAUUUGCCAAAAAUUGUUGCUACUUUUAAAGAAAUUUCCGAUUGGGAAGACGACAACUUUGAAACCAAAGCUAUUAUUUUUUUAAAAGCAGUUUGUGAUUAUGAGUUCAUCAUAAUACUAUAUACAUUGGCAGAUAUCUUUUCAGUUACGCUACCAUUUAGCAAAUAUUUACAAUCUAAAAUAUUGAUAUAG